AUGGGAUUGAAUAUAACCAUUAAAGUCAGUGGAGGAGAAACCUUCACUUUAGAUGUUGAACCGGAAAUGACUGUUCUCCAAUUAAAGGAAAAAUGUGCUGAGAAGGCAGAUGCAACUCCAGAUAAACAACGUCUGAUUUUUAAAGGUACUGACGCUCACACCAUAUCAUCCUUUGCAUCUCGGCGUAUAAUCAAGGACGACGAAUCACUGAGUGGUUUAAACGUUGAGGAUGGCAACACAAUACACUUGGUUAGAAGCGGGUUUAAACCAGCCUCAGCCACGCCUCAGCCGGCGCCAACAACUGCUCAAACGGCCCCCCAGCCAGCUGCACAGACGAAUCCUCUGGCAACCGGAGCCUCCGGCCAGAACGCCUUUGGGUACGGAAAUAACAUGUUUGGUGCCGACUACAUGUCUCAAAUGCUUCAAAAUCCCGGAGAUGCUAUGGGUGACUUGAAUCCACAGAGCGCUGUGGCGUUGCUAGAGUCGCCGUUUGUUCAGGAGAUGAUGUCGCAAAUUAGCUCAAAUCCUGAGUUGUUGAGGACCCUGAUACAGUCGUCGCCAUACCUGCAGCCAAUGAUGCAAAACCCGGUGUUCGCGCAAAUGUUGAACAACCCUGAGCUUUUGAGGACGUUGAUGAGACCUGGGAUGUUGCAGGCAGGCCUUCAAAUGCACCAGGCCAUGCAGCAGUCUAACUUAAACUUCCCGAACGCUACUCUUAAUCAAGGCGAGAACCCCUUCGCUGGAUUUCCAAUGCAGCCAGGUGCCCCUGCUCAACCCGGAGCUACGCCUCAGCCAGGAACUACCCCUGGGUUUCCAGCGGGUCAAACUGCCCCAACCACUCAGCCGGGCACCGCAAACCCGGCCUUUAACCCUGCUGCCGCUGCUACCGCCGGGGCUGGAUUUGCUGCGGGCGCCAACCCCUUCGCCGCCUUCGCCUCCGGCUUCGGCGGCGGCUUGGGAACUUCUGGGUUUGGCGCGCCCGCUGCUGACACCAGGCCUCCUGAGGAACGUUUCAGCAGUCAGCUCCAGUCUCUUCAGGAGAUGGGCUUCAUUGACCAGGCUGCAAAUGUGCAGGCCUUGUUGGCUACCAAUGGUGACAUAUCCGCAGCUAUCGCACGUUUACUAAACCGUAAGUUUUCAGCCACCUAA